AUCGGCCGGGUACCAUCCUCAGGACGCUGGUUCAUUGGCGGCGUUUGAAAAAAUUGUUUAAAUAUUUUUGACUCCGCUAGUUUUUGGAAAUUCAUUAUAUCUGCUAUGUGGAGCAACUUCGAGGCCUCCUCCCUGGAGGACGAGACCAUCUCCAAUGUGUUCUCCUCGCGUGGAAUUUUUCAGAUUAGUAGCGAGGAAGAGGUAAAAAGCUAUCCGGAAGUCCAGGCCUCUGUGCAAUGUGGCAAGAUGGUCAUUGGCAUAGAUAAGAGCCUCCUACUCUUAGAGGACGAGCUGGUGGCAAAAUGCAGCUUUCUGGGAUUUGGGGCCACAAUUGAGGCCAUUGCCAUAUCCUCCAGCGGGAACCUGAUUGUCUGCGGCCUUAGCGACGGCGAAGUUCACGGCGUAUUUAUUAAGGGACUCCUGCUCUUCAGUGUGGCGGUCAACGUCGAAGACGUGAGCAUCGCCGGCGGCACCUUUCGCAGUAUUCACCAACUGGAUCAGCGCUUCUUUUUCACUUGCAGAAAUGGCAGCGUCUAUAGUUUAAGCGACAUUGAUGAAAGCUAUCUGGAGACGCUGUGUAAUGUGACCCUUAAUGAAAACGAAACUACUGCGUGCGAAAAGGCCAUUCUUGAUGAUGUGACAAUCCGGCGUCUCUGCAAGGGACGAUCCUCAACCAACGUGGAUUGUGGUGUGCUGCUCAAGCAAUUGGUGGCUGCCAGUGUCAGUGCCCAGAACAACCAGGCGGAUCUCGGCGAGAGUCCCGGGCUGGUUAUCACUGGAGAUCAGAGCACAUUGAACUUCAAGAACAACGCCACCGAUUCGACAAGCAUCAAUCUGCCUGCUUACUUUGGCAGUCUCAAGCAGAUCGUUAACAUAGAGCACUAUAUAAUCGCUCUCACCAAUUCUGGUCAUUUGUUGGAUGUCUGUCCGUUCACACGCACCGUACAUCUAUGCCCAAGGACCCAAGGCAAAGACCUGCUUAUCGAGGAUUUGCUGGUUAUGGAGUGCAGCGAAGAGAACAUUGAGCUCCUAGUAUUGACUAAACCAACGGAAGAUGAGCGCUUUAUAAAAAUUGUGGAGUAUCCGUCACUUAAAGUUAAAAAUGAGGUGGAGGUGCCAAAUAAUACUUGGCUUGUGCGACAGCCAAAGUGUGCGGUCAAUCUGUAUUAUCUGGCAGCCAAGGAACUCAACCAGAGCAGUUUUCCCACCGUCGUGGAAAUGAAGCUCGUCUCCGAGACCGAUCCCAGCGAUCGCUUCAAAAAGUUAAUUGCAAAGGGUCGCUUGGAAGAGGCGGAAGAAUUCGGCAACCAGUUUGAACUGUGUCUGCAGCCCAUCUAUGAGGCAAAAGCCAAGCGGAUUUUAGUGGAGCUGUGCAACUCGAAUUCCCACAAGGAAGCUGCCGAAGUGGAUAAAAAAUUUCAAAACCUGCUUCAUUUGCUUUCGAUGGUCGAAAGUAAAGUCUUUAUCAAGAGCCAUCGAAUGAUCAACUUAAACUCGAGACACAUUCUUGAGCGCUAUCUCAUCGAAGUCAAAAAGCGUCUUAACUUCGAGGAUGACGAGGAGGAUAUGUUGGAGAUCGACGAGCAACUACACCGACUAAAAACUUUGAACAUCAUGGAUCCCUACGAAUGCAACACGGACUGGCAGAAGUUUAUUUACGACAACAACCUGGUCAGGAUGGUCAAGUCGUUAUUCAACACGGACAUGCCCACCGCCUGUCUCAUUUGGCGGCGUCAUUCGAGCAGUAUCCUGCCACUGCUUAACGAGGAUGAGUUGCGUACGCUUCUUGGCUUUAUUCCAAGCAACACGAAACCUUUUAAUGUAGUUCAGUGGCUGCGUCAGUUUAUCCCGUUGGUCAGUAACACGCAUCCCAGCAUCAUGCCCUUCAUCACCGACUGGAGCAUCGAAAUGACGAGGAAUCUGCAGUACAGUCCACACUGGCCGGACAUCGGCCUUGAGUUUUGCACCAAAAUCCUGGAUAUUUUCGAAGAGAUGCAGUUUACAUAUUCUGAUGUGCGGCGGCAGCAGGAACGCAAUGUGGGUAAGCUGCGGGAUCUGGUCAACGCAUUGCAGGAUCUGUCCGUGCUAAAGACCAUCUACAAUAUGAGCUUCACACUGGACAACUACAUGCAGGACUCCAUUGACGCAACGGCCCUAAGCAUACUGCAGCAUGUGCAGCUGGACAAACUGCAGCGGCUGGUAAAGAAUUUUAUGUACCCGAUCUUCCAGGAGAAGGGUCGUCAACCGCUAGAGGUUAUCAAACAGUACAUUGCCCAGUUGGUGGCUAGUCGCCAGUCUUCUAGUACUUGGUUAGAGCGGGCGAUGGCCUGCAUCGACCUGCUUCACAAUGAGCACAGCCGAUUGGAGUGCGCUUUGUCGGUGCUGCAGAAUGCACCCGUUCCCUGGCCGGAUAUGCUGGCUCCCCUGAUCAGACUGCGUAAUUCCACCCACCCGCUGGCCAUGAAAAUCAAUGCCGAGUAUGAGAUCCAGGUGAUCAAGAUAAUGAAGGUUAAGUACGGGUGGCCGGCCGAUAGUUCGGACAUUAACUUGGAGCUCUUUAUGAUGCGUAUUGUAAAGUUGAAUCUACCGGACAUGUUGGAGGACAUUUGCGCGCUCACUAAGGCGGCGCCGGAAAUCUCGGCAAGCACCAACUUUAACUGCUGCUACCAAAUGGCCCGCCGAGGCCAAAUCGAGCAGGCGUACGAUUUCUUUAAGAUGCUAAACGGGGAGAAGGACUCGAAGAACGGACAGGAUGUGGCGGAGAUCAUUGCCAACCUUCUCGAAAACAGUUCCGCCUCUUCAAUUGAGGACGACCCAAAGGACCAGGAACAAUUGAACGUCCUUGAGCUUUUGAAAUUGUUCUUGCCGCACCUAGAGUCCGUUUAUCGGCAACGCUACCUAGUGAUAAAGCACCGCUUCAGCCUACGGAAGUUUGGCAUCCAUCUGAGCUGCAACAGCGAACUCAUACCGCUGCAAAGCCGUCAUGUCCUGCUGGACGAGGCCAUCGAGCGAAUCAUCGAGCGGGCCCAAGCCACACUUAAUGUGCCCGCUUUUAUAACCAGCCAAAUGGGAGAGCUCUGUUCAGCGCUUAGUCUGUCUAAGGUGUUCGGUCUGCACCGUAUUUGUCAACGCAUUGGGUGCCUGCCACUCAGUUGCGCUUUGGCGUUCUACGUGAUUAACUUUGUCGACUGCGUGCCCGCAAAUGCUGGCGAAUUUAUUAACCUUGCGCUCGAGCUGUUGGUCCAACAAAUCGAGAAUGCCAAGGGCGGCAAUCACGAAAGUGCAUUUUCGCUUCAGUUGAACGAUCAAGGCGAUCCCCUAAGCUUUCCCAUAGCUUACGAGCUCCUGACAUCCGCACUGCUCCACGAGAGCAGUCGUGUUCGCGAUCUCGUUGACCUCUUAAAGUAUAUUCGCGUGGCUGUGAUCCACUAUCCACUGGAUGCCAUAAAGACUCACUACGCUGGCAAGGAGCAGGCCAUUAACGAGAACAUUUGCCGCGCCCUGGAUGGAAUCACGGUGGCCUUGGGGGAUGCCACUAUGAACUUCAGCAGUGCCCUUAAUGGAUCCUUCGACGUAAAGACUUUACAGGUGCCGACGACCACAAAAAAGCGCUACUCGGUGUCCAUGUUCGAUGAGGUAGAAGUGCAGCCUAUCCAGCAGCCGCAGAAGAAGAAGAGCAUCGGUGGCCACCUGGCAAUAGUUAAGUUUCUGUCUCGCACCCUGUUGCUCAUGGUAAUUGAGACGGAACCGAGUAACUCGCUGCUAAUGCAGGUGCGCCAUGGACUGUCGGAGAACAUCAAGGUGGACCUCGACGGCGCUCGCGCGGACUUCUUUCUGUCGCUAGAACACCUUACAAAGGCCAAGGAACACGACGUGUGGUACGUGAUGUCACAGUAUCUGCUGGAGUUCCAAAAGCAGAACUGCCGCAAGAAGCGGAUUAUCAACGAAGGGUUCAUUACACUGCAGCUGCGCCGCAUAUUUCGCAAUGCGAUGGGAAUUAAGGAGGUCAACUUCAUUGAACUUUUCGCGAUGCUGGUGGUAGACAGCGAGGCACUAGCUCUGCUGGAAAAAUUGUCCACCGAGGUGAAAACUGAUCUGCAGAAGAUCAACUUCCUGACGUUGUCGGCCAUGUACCACGAACACAUGGACGACUUGGAUAACGUGCAAAUGAUACGCGAAAAGCGUUUGAAACUUUACUAUUACCUGGAGUUCUGCCAACAGGACCCCAGGAUCAAGGGCAAAUUCAAUGCGGACAUGGACAACGUUGAGGAUCUGCUUAAGGAGUUUCACAACAAGCAGCUGGACGUGCAGCUGCUUGAACGCAUGAGCAAGGACUUUGGCUUUGACUACCAGAAGAUACUCGUCACCCAGAUUCUGAGCAUCCUUAGUGCCCAGGAGUUGCGCUUUGAGAUUAAGAAAGACAGUUUUGGCGACGAAGAGCUGGUAAUGCUAAGCAGUGCUCAGGAAAUGCGCGAUAUGUGCCAGCCCUAUAUAAACGAGAUCAAGAACGUGGAGCUCUUCAUCUCCAAGUUGAAGCAGUUUAUCGAAGAAAUCAAUAUUUAUUUCUACGAGUUGUACAUGUGUGUAAUCGACGUUCUGAUGUACUUCGAUUCUGCGCCCAAGGAAAUGGAAAUCUGGAAGAACAUAUUGCAUUUCCUACGGCACAAAAUGAUCACCAGGAGGCGCAAUCGACCGGGUCAAGUGGAGACCGACAUGUGGCUGAAGUCGCAGAGGGAGAACGGCGUCAUGCCGAAGAUCUCGCGUUAUCGUCUGCCUUUUAAGCCUAUCGUUGAGCAACCUCUCAAAGACAUUCUUGACAGCGAACUGAGCGUGGACAACUGCCAGAGCUGGUUCCCGUUGAUCCAGAUGUACACGGCAUUGAAGGGAGCCAAGGAUAGUUCGCAGAACUGCGACUACUUCUGCAUGUCGGCCGUGAAAAAUUCGAUUUCGGAGUACAAGUCAAGGAAUGAAUCAGAGACCUGGAGUCUGCAUCCCACGAACAACGCGUUUCUCCAGUCAAUCCUGCGCCUGGUGGAAAAGGUGCACAAUCCCAAUAAGGCAUUUCUUAUCCUGUACUUUGUCUCUAACUACGCUCGGGAUGGAGCCGACCAGGUGGAGGCCUCCUUCGAGUGUUGGAAGUUCGUCAAGGAAAAGGGCGAUCUGCUGACCGACCCCAAGAGUCGCGAGCAGAUGGCCAAGGUCAAACGGCGCUAUCCGAUUCAGAAGACGCAGCACCUUCUUUACGUGUACGGUCUGACCGAUGAGAAGCUCCUGCGGCAGGUCGAGAACCCCACCGAGCUGAUCCACGCCCUCUACCACCACGAACUGAUUCUUAAGUCCAGCAAGGUUGACAUCAACGCACUGGUCGCCGAGAUCGCCAAGCUCCACGACCUAUGCUUGGCCACCAUCCAGUUCCGUCUGCUGCAGAAGUGGCUUUCGCUGACCAUGGAGCCGGCGGACGGCACCAUACUGGAGGAGACGUUCAUGGAGGAGCAGAGCUGGCCGGAGCAGACCAACGGGGCAGAUGGCAGCAGCAGCCAGGACGCCAGCGAUAAUGUGAACAGAGCCUUCUACAUACUCUCCAGCUGGCCAAAGGCCGAGGCAGUCAAGUUCUUGGUGGGCCUGAUCUUUAAGGGCGGCUCGGUAAACACAUCCACCCAGCUGCAGAUGUACGAAUGCUAUUCCAAGCUGAACGACGGCAGUAACUCCUUUACCGACACGAUCAGUCAGCGGCAGUUCAUCAGCAUCAAGUGCGUGCACGAACUGAAGGCUCUGGGCUACAAGUCGAACCUCGAGAAGUUCUCCGACGACCAUUGCAACAAGAUUGACAUCCUGAAAAUGAUCUGGCAGCGCAACGCGCAGAAUCCUCUGUCCUUGGAGGUGAUGGCCAAUAUAUGUCUGGGUUUCGAUAUACAUCUGCCGCAGAUAUGGAACGGCAUCCUAAAGCGGAUGGUCAUGUUUCACAUGGAGCGCGAGCUUAACGCUUUGCUGGAUGUGCUGAGCUGCCGCCCGCAUUUGCUCCAUCUGGACGGGUUAGCCCAGGCCUGGGACUACGUGCUCUGCAACCCGCUCAAGAACGCCGUGGAGACGCGCUCCUUCGAGCAGGAGGAUCUGCUACACAAGACGUUGCUGCGACUGCAGGGAUGUCCAGUGGUUCAUGCCCUCAACCUGCCCCAGUUCGCCGAGCACUGCAUUAUCGUCCACAGACCCCACAUGGCUGCCGCUCUCCUGAGUUUUUGUCAGAGCUCCGAGCAGCGGCAAACGAUUAUAAAGAUGAUACACUCCCGUCCCGUGGAUAACCUCCGGCAGCAGAUUCUGGAUCUGGAAGACGCCGGUUUGCUGCCGGCGGUGCUUAACUUUGCGCUAAAGGAACUGAAUCUCUAAACAAUUGUUUUUAUUUUCUAGUUACCCUUUAAAAAAUGUAUAUGGCUGAAAAUAGCUGCCAGUUGUUUUCAAACAAACCAAUAAAUGAGUUCAAGUAUGCAAUAAAA